AUGUGCCUUGAUGCAUGCAAGAGAGGCUAUCUUCAAGGUUGCAGGCCUAUGAUCUUCAUAGAUGGCUGCCAUAUUAAAACAAGAUACAGAGGGCAGUUGCUGGUUGCAGUAGGAAUAGAUCCAAAUAAUUGCAUAUUCCCCAUAGCAAUAGGUGUUGUGGAAGUGGAGGACAAGCCUAACUGGGUUUGGUUUCUUGAGAGGCUGAAGAGUGAUCUUGCUAUUAUCAACACAACCCCAUGGACAGUAAUGUCUGACAAGCAGAAGGGCCUGAUAAAUGUUGUGACUGAAGUAUUCCCUGAGUCAGAACAUAGGUUCUGUGUCAGGCAUAUGUGGAAGAAUUUCCAACAGUUGUACAAAGGUGAUGCUUUGAAGAAUCAAUUGUGGAAGAUAGCUAGGAGCACAACAGUUAUUAAGUAUGAGCAGUACAUGCUUGAGAUGAAGGUGCUGAAUGAGGAUGCAUACACCUGGUUGAAAGAGUUGGAGCCAAACACUUGGGUGAGGGCUUUCCAAAGUGACAUACCUAAGUGUGACAUUCUGCUCAACAAUUUGUGUGAGGUGUUCAACAAAUAUAUCUUGGAGGCAAGAGAAUUGCCAAUUCUUUCAAUGUUUGAGAGGAUCAAGCAACAGUGGACUGCAAGGCACUACACUAAGCAUUGUGAGGGUGAGAAGAUGCAAGGAGUAAUGUGCCCUAAGAUCAAGAAACUAGUUGACAAGCUUACAGAGCUGGCCAACACAUGCUAUGUGUAUGAAUCAGGAGAUGGAGUGUUUCAAGUGGUGGAUAGAGGAACAGAUUACAUAGUAGACUGGCACAGCAAGUCCUGCAGCUUGUCCAUGUUCAAGAAGGCUUAUAGCAAUAUCAUCUACCCUUGCAAGGACAUCACUGAGUGGGAGAAGAUGAAUGGGCCUGAAAUUAAUCCACCAGACUACAAGAAGCAUCCUGACCACAAUAUCAAGGGAUGCAAAUAUAUGGAAGCUGGUCUACCACCUCCCAAUGCACAAGCUCCUCCACCCCAACAUGAUGACAAUUUGGAAACUUCACAAGCUAAUAUGGAGCAACAGCCACCUCCAGAACAAGCCCAGCAUGCCAACACAAGUGCAGAGACCAGUACAGUAGUAGAAGAUCUUAUGGUGGAUCACAUGCUUCAGCAGGCCUUUGCCUAG